CUAGAAGAAGAUGUGAGUGAGGUUUGUCCUCGCGCUUGCUGUAUCUUGUCGACACGUUAAAGGUGAAACCAUUAACAUAACAUAACCAUUUCAAGAGGAGAAUAACUAGCCUUUUACACUCAAACUGCCGCGGAUCUCUCAACGUUUGUUGGUCAUGGCGUCUGUGGAUGAUAUUGAGGACCUGGUGACCUCCCAUGACCUCACUCCUCACAAGCGUCAGUGUGCCUGGAGCAACAUUAUGCCUAGUCCAUGCAAACACAAGCUCCAGCUCGCAGCAGAAGAGCUUCAGACCGACAGUGUGAAUCCUGGCACACAGAAGAUCUGGGUGAGAACCUGGGGCUCUUCUCUCAACAGCUCUGAUGGAGAAUACAUGGCCGGAUCACAGGUAUCCAUGCUCUCCUCACAUCAGACGUUCAUGUACCACAUCAGUUCAUGACCCCACUGUCACUAACAGUUACUGCAGACUGUUAUAAUACUGAUUCAACACCUGGGUGUAGGACACUAUAGUUCAUUUAAGUAAGGUUUGCAAAAUAAAGUAAACCGUGACUAAUUAUACCCAAAAAAUUCUUAAAGCAGUGGACUACCAGUAAAACAAAUUUGGGACUCAAACUCAAGGAGCUGCCCCUAGAACUUGCACCAUCACAACCAGACGUUUUUUGUCUUUUUACAACUCUCUGUUCUGGACUUCUACAACCUGCGUUGCAAUGCAGUCAUUUUCCAAAAUGUGAUUUAUGGGAAAAUAUGAAGUCAGUAAACACAUGCCAACACAGGCCAGAGAUGCUGAAGACGAACACACAGAGAAAAAAAUAUUGUAGCAGCAGAUCACUCACUGUUCAUGAUGCACGAACUAUUGGAAGAAAAUCAAUAGUCUGAGGGGAGCCGACUGUCUUCUGGAAAGUGUUAUAGUUAUUUACAGUGGUAACCAAGGAAACGCUGUCUUU